AACAAAGCACGAGAAUCGCUCAGAACCUUCGCAAGUAUGGCCACGCAAGGGAACGACCCGACGUCUCUCUUCUCUGCCCAGCCUGGCAAGCCGUGUCGGGCGUGUACGGAUUUCAGGUCAUGGGUGAAGCAACAAGGAAGCCUGCAGGGGGCUCCUAAGUCUGGUAAGGAGGGAGAAGAGAAAAACAGUUCAUCACAAGAGAGUAAAAAGGAUAACACAAAUACGUCUAAUUCAGUGUCAGGAUCUGCUUUGAACGAAAAUGGAAAAUCAGCUGCAGUUAACCCAGAUGACGCGGAUGUUCCUCUAACAGGGAAUGCUGCCAAAUAUGGAUGUCCUGCAGAUAGCUUGUCACUUGGACGAGGGUCAUGGAGACUUUUGCACAGCAUGGCAGCAUACUAUCCAGAGAAGCCUUCUGCUGACCAACAGAAGGACAUGUCCAGCUUUAUAACAAUAUUUUCAAAAUUCUAUCCUUGCCAGCCAUGUGCAGAGGAUUUCAGAGAAUGGCUGAGGAAGAACACGCCAGAUGUUUCUUCACAGAAAGGACUGUCUCACUGGUUUUGUGAAGCCCACAAUGAAGUUAACAGGAAACUAGAGAAGCCAUUAUUUGACUGCAGCUUAGUUAGUCAGAGAUGGCGUGAUGGUUGGAAAGAUGGAUCUUGUGAUUAGAUUAUUUUGUAUAUGUAUUCAUUAAUUUCUUAGUUGGAAAUGUAUAACUACACUCUGAAAGUUGAAAAGAUGAAUGUGACCUGAAGGUGCAAUAUAUUUGUAUAUAUGCUAAUGUUCUUUGAAUAUCUAUAAUUAGAAGAUGUUGAGAGCAAUAGCAGCUAUGAUUCAUUCCAGUUACAAUGAGAAUUCAAGUGAUAGCUUUUGAAUUGCAAGUUGCUUCAUCAUAUUACUUGGAUUUCAGGAAGAACCCUGUGGAUUUUUUUUUCUUUUGUUUCAUCAAGGUUGGGUGGUAAAGUGUUUCACAGGUCAUCAGUCGAAUAAGACUUUGGUUAUUUACGUGCAUUAUUAACUGUGGUUUGUUUAUUAAUUUUGUUUACACAAAUAUGGAAACAGAAGUAAAUAGACACCAGAAGUCAGGUAAUAGGCCUACUUAACCUCUCCUGUUGCCCCAUUCCUAGAUUUCACAGAAAAGAAUUUUAUUACUAGUAUUAAUGUUGAUAAUGUUUUCAUGAUGAUAAUGAUACCCCCUAAUCAAAGAAUGGGAUAAUUAGGUCAGUACUAACAGUUUACUCCUUAGCGACUAUGUGCUAUUGAAACAAUCUGUGUGUAAACAAAACAAGUUAAAGAAAACUAUUGUACAAUAGACUGUGCAUGUACCUGUUGCCAAUGGGUUAUGCUUUAGUUGAAGGGAGUAAAAGCAUACACCCAAGUUUUAUUAUUUCCUCUUUUAUGUAUAGGCAUCUGAAUAACAGGGCUUAUUAGAUAUUGGUAAGAGAACUCAGGCAGAACUUGUCCAUUUUGCUUGUUUUUUUUUUUUUUUUUCCCCCAGUCUUAGAUAUUUACUCACAUCUGUAGAGUUUUGGAUGCUUGUUUUACAUAAUGUUUGUAGGUGGGGAAAAAGCACAAGAUCGAGCACUGUAGAAAUUUGCGAUAACCAUGUAAGAAAUGUCGUACAGCUAUGAAAAUUCUUUUUAACUUUUGAUGUUAUUGUCUAUAUUGUAGAGUACUCAGAGAAGAGAGUGGAUUUUUUAAUGUUUUAGAUUUUAAGUAAUUUAUAUGUGUAUCAGAACAUCGAGAAAUUUGGUUAUGAUGAAAUAUUGGUAUUGUUAUCAGUUGAGGACUUGUGUUAUAAAUAGAAUAUGUUGUGAUAUAUGCAUGCCACUACAGAAAGAAGAAGAAGAAGAAAGGACAGUGGUGCUAUCUUUAACAGACUGUAAUUAAUAUGUGUAUGUAUUGUAUAAAAAUGUAUAUAUUGUUGAAUUAAUGUUUUAAAUUACAUGGUCUUGCAAGAA